AGGAUGCUCCUCGAUGGUCCUCGCCGAAGGAAAAAUGCACACGUCCGAGCGAUGCCAGGGCGUCGCCAAGAACUCUGAGGGCGCGGCAGCUCCGCCAGCGUGUGCACUGGCGCCCGCCGCGCACUCCCCCGCCUCCUGCCGAGACGGCUGUGAAGACAAGCCUCCACGAGGCUCCAAGCUGGCUGCAGACUUGAGGUGUUGCACGAAGCGGAGAGAGCUCACCUGCCUCUGACUCCACAGAGCAACAGGCCAUCAAGUGCAGAAAUGGCCGGAGAACACAAGUCGACUCAACGGAUAGUGGGUUCAAUCAACGGUGAAACCAACGGCUCAAGCAUGCAGUCGGAUCGCUUGGAUGCCUUGGACGCUUCCAUUUCCCAGUCGGUCCACAAAAACACUCGACAGCCAAAAGCGAGUGCCAUGCCCCCCAAGCCGACAGCGAGGCCAACCCAAAGGCCGAAAAUGCCCAAGCCCAAGCUGAAGCAAGUCCAAUACCCGAUCGGCAGUGCCACCACCCAGAAAGCAAAGAAGAUAGAUUUUGCCAAGAAUGCUUGCUGGCCCAUUGCACGCAAGACACCGCCACUGACGCCCUGAAAGCCAUCAAGCAGUUGAAAGCAUGCAGCCACAGGUGCAACUGUGGCCACCAAUGCAAUAACUUCCUCGUUUGGGCUGAAAAUGCUGCCCAAAGAAUGCCUCAGUCCGUAAAGCCCAAACGCAGAGAUGAGCAUGAAGGUUGUACCUACUCCGAUACACAACUGAGCAGAGAGCUUUGCUGUGGCACUGUCACCUCUACCCAGAAGGUUCCCGAUGCGGAUGGUUGCGGCAAUAGAAACGCCCAGCGGAACUGACAAAUCCGAUAUAUGAAAGCAAUGAUCUGUAGAAGGAUGUUGUGCGCGUCGAUGGCAGUUGUGCCGAGGGCUCCAGCUGCAAGAACUGUAAUUUCGAAAGCCAUGGCCUCGAGCCCAGUCAUGAACGCGCCAGAGGAUGACAGCUUGAGGAAAGUUGAGAGCGGCCCCCGAGACCAGAGCUUCCAUUUCAAUGAUUCCGCGUCUACGCGGCGCCACUCUGGAGAGCUUCGAAAAAAAGCCACGACCAUAACUGCGAAGAGCAGAAUGCGAGCCAUGGUCAAUAUCCAGGCGAGGCCCGUGAGCUGGCCGACGCUGACUGCCCAAGCCGUUGCACCAACAUUGACAACACUGCACACAAUCCUCCUCAAUGUGCCUAGUGCAGGGGCCAUAAGAUUCAUGGACUGCUGGUACUUCUGCAAGCAUGUGAACCAGAUGAAGAACGGCGUGCCAGGCAGAAGGCGCAUCAGAUACGUCACAGCGGGCUCGACCAUGUCUUCCCUGAAGUUGCAGAACCUGAAGAUGGGGCCAGCCGAAGCUAGCAAUCCACACAGUGGAAGUGAGGCAGCUGAAAAUACAAUAAGUGAACGGAUCAGCCAUUGCUGGCACUCCACAAUGUCCGAUCUACCAUAGGCCUGAGAGACUAGCGUAUCGAUGGAUGUAGCUGCGCCGAUUACAAAAUAUGACACAAUAUUGAAAUAAGAGUUUGCCAGUGCCACUGCAGCUAAAGUAUCCUUCCCCAAUCUGCCCGCCCCAAGCAUGUUAAUGAACUGGAAGCUAAACGUCAACAAUGAACAAGUGCAAACCGGCCAAGACAAUUUGAAUAGUGCCAAGACUUCUCUGCGUGCUGGAGUAUCGUGGCCAAUGCUACGAUGUGUCCACAUAAGUUGGGUCAUGGUAUGAUGUCUCAACAGUGUCUCCCAGAGACAGCACGGCCGCAAGGAAUAUUGGGUACAAAGCUAUUGAGGCAAAACGCUGUCAAUCAAAGGCACUUGAACCAAAUGGCGAGAAACGCUGCCUAGAGCUUCAGAACCAAAGAAUUGUGAGCUGACGCAUAUAAGCGGGUCCGAAAGCAACAUUUGAUGCCUUGGCCCGUUCGUCUAAGGCUUCGUUCCGUCUUUGACCCGUUGGAUAAUUAGGAAAUGUUGGGUGUACGUCCUCCGUUUCACAAGGGUCUCUUGGCCCGCUUGUCAUAAACAUCUGCUGUCACAGUGGAGCCUGCAGUCUUCUGACCCAAACAACACAAUCGCUGGC